AGGGGGGCUCGCUCCCAUGUCCGAGCCGGGAGUUUUUUUUUCUUUUUCUGCUACUUUUUCUUUUUGUCCAAAGCCGUCCGGCGGCGCAAGAGUGCCUUUUUUGCGUGUUGUUGCUGCACUGGACGGAAGUCCCAAGAGUUGUUGUUCUCUCUCUCUCGCCGCUCUCAAGGAGACUCGACCGAGGGGGGGGGGGGGGGGGGGCCGGACCAUCCGCCAUGAAGGGCACGGGCCUCGUAGAUCAUGUCUGCAGAUUCGUUUGGCGCCGGCGGCAGCGAUGCCCAGCAGACUCUGCAGUCCUUCUGGCCUCGCGUCAUGGAGGAGAUCAGGAACCUGACUGUGGACUUUCGCGUGCAGGAGUUGCCACUGGCUCGAAUCAAGAAAAUCAUGAAGCUGGAUGAGGAUGUCAAGAUGAUCAGCGCCGAGGCCCCGGUGCUGUUUGCCAAGGCAGCACAGAUAUUCAUCACGGAGCUCACCCUCAGAGCGUGGAUCCACACGGAGGACAACAAGCGACGCACGCUACAGCGGAACGACAUCGCCAUGGCGAUAACAAAGUUCGACCAGUUUGACUUCCUGAUCGACAUCGUGCCCCGAGACGACCUGAAGCCCCCCAAGCGACAGGAGGAGAUGCGUCAAACGGUGGCUCCGGCAGAGCCUCUCCAGUACUACUUCACCUUGGCCCAGCAGCCCGGCGCCGUGCAGGUACAGGGCGCCCAGCAGGCUCAGCAGGCCGGCUCGCAAACCGCCACCACCAUCCAACCCGGGCAGAUCAUCAUCGCACAGCCGCCACAAGGACAGAUGCUUCAAGGUGCCACCAUGCAGCAGCUGCAGCAGGUGCAGCAGGUGCAGGUGCAAUCGCACGGCACGCCCAUCACGAGCGCCCCCGUGGCCAUGCAGGUGGGGGACGGCCAGCAGGUGCAGAUCGUCCAAGCCGCGGCGGGCCAGGCUCAGACGGCUCAGGCGCAAGGCCAGACCAUGCAGGUCAUGCAGCAAAUCAUCACCAACACUGGGGAGAUCCAGCAGAUUCCCGUGCAGCUAAACACAGGCCAGCUGCAGUACAUCCGUUUGGCCCAGCCGGUCUCUGGGGCCCAGGUGGUGCAGGGACAGAUCCAGACCCUGGCCAACACCCAGCAGGUACGCCCCCAACCCUUUGCGUCUUCAACUGGACAGUUGAGGAGGCCAACGUGCGUUUUGUGCUUGCAGAUCACGGAAGUCCAAGGACAGCAGCAGUUUAGCCAGUUUACAGACGGACAGCAGUUGUACCAGAUCCAGCAGGUGACGGUGCCAGGAGGCCAGGAGCUGACGCAGCCCAUGUUCAUCCAGUCCAGCAACCAAACGGCCGACGCGCAGGUCGCCCAGGUCAGCGCCGACUGAGCAGCUGUAGACCAGGAGGGAGGUCUUCUUAACUUAGUGACCAAUCAGAAGCCAAAGGGACACUGAUUGCCCCGCCCCCAUCAUCAGCACACCUUUAUGUUUUUAUACUUUUUUAAUACGCCACUGCCAAUCAUGUCACCGUUUUGUCUCCUUGUCGCCGCCCGCAGGUCACAUGAUGCUGUUGGCCCCGCCCCCUCACACAUCUCUCUCAUUUUUGCUUCCUUGUCCAUAUUUCAAGCUUCUUUUUUUGUACAGUAAUGGUGUGAUGUUUCCUUGCAUGUGGUCCAGACUGCCAGCAUGACGUGCAACGGAUCGAUAGAUAGGGUACGCUUUUAUUUUUUGGGACGCUCACUUUUUGUAAGCAAAUCUUGUUUGUGACAAAAUUAAAAAAGAGAAAAAAACUUUUUAACAAUUGUUAUUUUGCUGGGAAAUUGUCAGUGAGUACUGACCGCUUCCUGUCGGAGGAUGUUUUAGUCAUCACCUUCUCUUCCCAUCGGUGCCAUUUAUUUGGAUUUUAUUUCGAAGCAUCAAUUGGAAAAACAAACUAUUGGUUAAUUUUUCAAAACAAAAAAAGGGUUAUUUGGAUUUUAUUUUGUAACUGAAAACAAUUGGUAUAUUUGGAUUUUAUUUUGGAACAAAAAAUAAAAUUGAAAAACAAUUGACUUAUUUGGAUUUUUUUUUUUUAACAAAAUUCAAAAACCAAAAAAAUUUUUUAUUUGGAAUUUAAAAAAAAUAAUUCUAUUUAAUUGUAUUUUAUUUUGGAACAAAAUGAAAUUUUUAAAACGGUUUUUGAGCUAGAACAAAAUUUUAAAAAACAAUAGUUUACAUGUAUUAUAUUUUGAAACAAAAAAUAAAGAAUUGGUUUAUCUGUAUUUUAUUUAAAAAAUAUAUAUAUGAAAUUGAUGCAUUUAGAUUUUACUUUUGAAACGAAAUAAAAUUGGAAAACAAAAUUGUUUAUGAUUUUAUUUUGAAACACAAUAAAUUGGUACAUUUGGAUUUUAUUUUGAAACUUAAACUAUUGAAAAAUGUUAUCGGAAUUUUCUUUUGUAACAAAAAUUAAUUUAAAAUGUGAUUUGAUUCAAUUUUAUUUAGAAAAAAUAGUUUACAUGGAUUUUAUUUUGAAACAAAAAAUUAAGAAUUGGUUUAUCUGUAUUUAAUUUAAAAAAAAAAAUGAAAUUCAUGCAUUUAGAUUUUACUUUUGAAACCAAAAAAACAGGAAAACAAAAAAAUUGUUAGAUUUUAUUUUGAAACACAAUAAGUUGGUACAUUUGGAUUUUAUUUUGAAACUUAAAAACUAUUGAAAAAUGUUAUUUGAAUUUUCUUUUGUAACAAAAAUUAAUUUAAAUGUGAUUUGAUUCGAUUUUAUUUAGAAAAAAACUAAUAAAUCAAUGUUUUUUUGCGAUUUUACUUUGGAUAAAAAAAAUGUUUAUUUGAAUUUUAUUUUACACCGCCUUCCACCCUAAUGCAGCUGGGAUAGGCUCUAGCCACCCCUGUGACCCCAAGAGGGAAAAGUGGUAGAAAAUUAAUGGAAGGAUUUUAUUUUGAAACAACAAAAUUGAGGAAAACAAUUGGUUUAUUUGGAUUUUAUGUUAAAACAUACCUGCCUUCCACCCAAAUGCCGCUAGGAUAGGCUCCAUCCACCCCCGUGACCCAGCAGUAGAAAAUGAAUGAAUGGAAAACAAUUAGUUUAUUUGGAUUUUAUUUUCAAACAAAACAAGAUAGAAAAACAAAACAAUUUUGAUACAAAAAGGGGAAAAAUUGUUUAUUAUGGAUUUUAUUUUGAAACAAAAUUAAAAUGUUUGUGGGUUUUAUUUUGAAAUUUAAAAAUGUUUUAUUUUGGUUUUAUUCUGAAACAUAAAAUUGAAAAACUUAAAACUAUUGGUUUAUUUUGAAACAAGUAACAAUUCAAAAACGUUUAUUUUGAUAUUUAUUUGGGUUUUAUUUUAACACACAAAUUUAAAAACCAACAACUAGUGGUUUAUUUGGGUUUUAUUUUGAAACAAAAAACUAUUGAAAACAUUAUUUUAAAAAUGUAUUUGGAUUUUAUUUUAAAAACAGAAAUAAAUAAUACAUUGGUUAAUUGGGAUUUCCUUUUGAAACAAAAAUAAAUUGCCUUAUUUGGAUUUUAUUUUUAAACAAAACAAAAUGAUUUAACAUUUUCUUUUGAAACAAAAACAAUUGAAAAACAUUUUGUAUAUUUAGAUUUUAUUUUGAAACAAAUGCAAUUUUAAAUCAAAACAUUCUUUUUGAGUGUCAAAGAGCAAUAACUAGAUCUAAAAUGUGUUUUCAUUUUACAUGUCAUGUCACAAAGAUGUUUCAAAUAUUGACCAUGAUCAUCUGGCCUUUCUGAUUCAAGGUGCGUUUUAAUUUCAUAUUUUGUGUUUUUAAUCAAAUAAACCAAUUUUUUUUUUGCUUUUC